CCCGGGCAGAAGGAAGCUGAUCAGAGGGACCUGAGCUUUCGUCAGGAGGACAGCAUCUCCCCGUCCACCCCACGCCUCGGCUACAUUUUGCAGUUGUGCAGUCUACCUCCGUGGGACAAGGUGACAAUGAACCUACCCAGCAGCCAGCAGGGAUUACUGAAGGCAAUUCUUCGGGCAGGCUUCAUCCUGGCCCUUGUUUUGCAGGUGGUACCAGCACAGCAAAGUUUUUCUGUGAACCCCCAACCACGACAUCCUAAAUGGGGUCAGAAUGUCACCCUUCAGCUAGUGGGAGCCCCACCCAGCACCCAGAUUGUAGAGUGCCAGUGGGGCCGAAGCUCUCCGACAGAGAGCCAAGUUUCCAUUCUUACCUACACCCCACAGAGAAGUCCCAAGAUUACAAACGGCCACGCCUUCAGCGGGCGGGAGACCCUGGGAAAAGACUGUGUCUUGCAUAUCACAUGGCUGACGCGCAAGGACACAGGAAACUACACUGUGACGAUACAGACGGCUGCAAGCAAGGAGAACGAAAACCUAGGCUCAGGACCACGAAGCACAGCCUCUGCCUUUGUAGACAUCUCUGAACCAACAUCCGUCAGGAUUGAGCAGAAUCUAAAAGAUCCCCGUCAAGGUCAAACUGUCAACCUGAAUCUACAAAACCCCCCAAAACGAUUUUCUGUGUGUGAAUGGUCCAAAGAAACAGGUCCAGGGUUUUAUCAAAUAGUGCAGACGUACGUCCCAGGGCAGCGGAACCCGCAAGAGAGUAAACAUACGGUGAAAGAGGACUGCUCCAUAUCCAUCAAGGAUCUCAACCCAACUGAUGAUGGGAUCUACAUGGCACGGAUAGAGGUUCCUUUGGAACCACAGAAGGACACGGAGAACCCAGAGCGCAGAGAAGAUAGUCGGGUUUACAUGGGAAGGGUGACUUUGAAGGUGCUCUCACAAGCUACCAAAAAUGACCCACAGAAAGGGGGAUCGGCUUCCUUGGGCUACAACGCAGGAGUCCUUGUCGCAACUUUGCUUGGAUCACUUGCCUGGGCAGACCCGCUGAUGGCCAUGUUUUCUAUGGUCUUCUGCCCUUUCGCUUCACUGAGAUCCAAGUUUCUUCCAUGAAUGGUGAAUUUGGAAGCAACGGCCUCGCCUCGUCUCCAAAUGCUUCUUCUGAGGGCCAGAGAAGCAAUGACAGCUUGGAAAAUUUCACCCCACCUCUACGUAUAGCACCAAGUGGCAGGUCAAGAAAGAUGCUCAAUCAGACACUGUCUUUUUAUAUAUAUACAGUUCAUUUCAUUUCUCUUAAUAAAAAACAAAACCCUAAAUGUUAAAAUUCUAAAACUGCAGAAUGCACAACUUAUACAUAAAAAAGCAUAAAUCAUAUAUUGUUUGAAGUAUGUGGCUUGUUUUUCCAAUAAUCCAUACGUAUUAUCCAUUUUUAAACAACAUUCUUUUAUGUCAUGUAGUGUCUUGAUGAAGAUUCCUUUAAAAAAAAUAUUUUUGCUAUAUUAAAUAAAUGCUUUGCCUACAGCUUUUUAUACUGUAUUUUGUAAUUGUGCUUUUAACCUGUUGGUUGUUUUAUUGUGGUUUUAAUUUUUGUGAACCGCCCAGAGAGCUUCGGCUAUUGGGCGGUAUAAAAAUAUAAUAAAUAAAUAAAUAAAUAAAAAUACUAAA